AUGGAGGCUCCCCUGAAGGACUCCUCCGUCAGACAGGGCUUCCACAGACUGGAGGUCCAGAAAACGACGUGGGACGUCCCGCAGAGGUAUGCGGCGCUGCGGUCGAUCGGCUCCGGAGCUUACGGGACAGUUUGUUCUGCCGUCGAGCAGAAGACCAAGGAGAAGGUGGCCAUCAAGAAGCUGUAUCGUCCGUUCCAGUCCCUCAUCCACGCCAAGCGGGCCUACAGGGAACUCAGGCUGCUCCGCCACAUACAGCAUGAAAAUGUGAUCUGCCUCCUUGAUGUCUUCACACCGGACAACACGCUGGAGAAAUUCCAAACCUUUUAUAUGGUUAUGCCAUUAGUAGCCCAGGAUCUGGGCCUCAUUAUGAAGAAGAGAAGAUUAACUGAUCGUAUCAUCACCUACCUGUUCUACCAGCUGCUGAGAGGACUCAAGUAUAUUCAUUCUGCAGGGAUCAUUCAUCGGGAUCUGAAGCCUGGUAACCUUGCUGUGAAUGAGAACUGUGAAUUAAAGAUCCUAGAUUUUGGCCUGGCAAGACACACGGAGAGUGAAAUGACUGGUUAUGUUGUGACCCGUUGGUACAGAGCACCAGAGGUCAUAUUGAACUGGAUGCACUACAGUCAAACAGUGGACGUCUGGUCAGCCGCCUGCAUCCUGGCUGAGAUGAUUACUAGCCGGGUGCUUUUCCCAGGACACGACAGUAUUGACCAGCUGAAUAAGAUCCUCCGUCUGACAGGAACGCCAGACUCCUCCCUGGUCCAGAAGAUGCAGAGUAAGGACGCGCAGUCGUACGUACAGGGUCUUCCUGUGCAGAAGAAGAAAAACUUCAAGGAGGUGUUUGCGUCCAUGGAUGAAAACGCUGUAAGCAUUCUGGAGGGGAUGUUACUGCUGGACCCGGAGACGAGGCUGACAGCGAAGCAGGGACUGUCGCACCCUUUCCUGGCCGAAUAUCAUGACCCGGAGAGUGAGCCAGACUCGGAGCCGUACGACGACUCCUUCGAGAGCAUGGAGCUUGCAGUCGGGGAGUGGAAGAGUCUUAUCCACAUGGAGAUCAUGACCUUCGACCCUGACAACCCCAGUAAGACAGCCAUGUAGGAUGCUGUGAUGAGCCGGCGCCUCCCAAUGAUUGGUUAUAAUGCCAGCUCUAAAGGCCAACAAUGCUGUCAGACUCUCAGACAA